GGUUACUAUAACCCGAUUAUGCGUUAUGGGGAAUCCGAGCUCCUCGCUGCGAGCAGGACAGCGGGGGUGGAUGGCUUCAUCAUUGUCGAUCUACCGCCCGAGGAAGCUGUUCGAUUCCGGAACCAGUGUAGAGAUGCUGGGUUAGUUACCUCUCUAAUACCAAUUGUUGAGGCAACAUGGCAUUGCUUGACCAUCCACUGACACGUAUCCUUUGGGCAGUCUUUCCUACGUCCCAUUGAUAGCACCGUCGACCACAGAGGACCGGAUGAAAACUCUCUGCGGAAUUGCCGAUUCCUUUAUAUAUCUUGUGUCCAGAAUGGGUGUCACUGGUGUCACUGGCACUCUGAGCCACGAUCUCCCGGAGCUGAUGAAGCGCGUGAAGCAUCUUUCUGGCGGAGUACCGGUGGCUGUUGGCUUCGGCGUCAGCACCCGUGAACAGUUCCUCGGUGUCACAUCUGUCGCAGACGGUGCCGUCAUUGGUAGUGAGAUAAUUACCCAGCUGGCGAAUGCCCCUGCAGGCCAGGGUGCAGCUAUCAUCCAAGACUACUGCUCUCAGAUUACAUGUCGGACAGUCAAGCCAACUGAACCUCACUCUGUCCCGGAGAACACUCACCCAUCUUCGUCAUCAUCAAACCUCCCUGUCUCAGACCAGUCAACAGAGGCGUCCAAGCCUGGCCGCUUCGGCACCUUCGGCGGCCAAUACGUACCAGAAGCCCUAACGACAUGUCUCAACGAACUAGAAGCCGGCUUCAACACCGCCAUCGACGACCCAACCUUCUGGGCUGAAUACCGUUCCUACUACCCUUACAUCGGACGGCCCUCAUCCCUACACCAAGCCCCACGCCUCACCUCCCACGCCGGAGGCGCCACCAUCUGGCUAAAGCGCGAAGAUCUCAACCACACCGGCUCACACAAAAUCAACAAUGCCCUGGGUCAGAUCCUCCUCGCCCGCCGACUCGGCAAGACCGAGAUCAUCGCCGAAACAGGGGCCGGCCAACACGGCGUAGCAACCGCCACCGUAUGCGCCAAAUUCGGCAUGAAAUGCACCGUAUACAUGGGCUCGGAAGACGUCCGCCGCCAGGCCCUCAACGUCUUCCGGAUGCGCCUCCUCGGCGCCACUGUCAUCCCCGUAGAAUCCGGGUCCCGCACACUCCGCGACGCCGUCAACGAAGCCUUUCGCGCGUGGAUCACGCGCCUUAACACAACCCACUAUAUCAUCGGCUCAGCCAUCGGACCACACCCCUUUCCCACGAUCGUCCGCACCUUCCAAUCCAUCAUCGGACAGGAAACCAAAACCCAGCUGGCGCAGCAAAUCAAUCGUCUCCCUGAUGCAGUGGUCGCCUGUGUAGGCGGUGGCUCUAACGCCGUCGGCAUGUUCUACCCUUUCUCUGAAGACUCGUCUGUCCAGUUAAUCGGCGUGGAAGCCGGCGGCGAUGGUACCACCGGCCCGGAGCAUCAUUGCGCUACCUUAUCCUCUGGGUCUGGUUCGGUAGGCGUGUUCCAUGGAGUGCGGACAUACGUACUUCAGAACGAACACGGGCAGAUCUCCGGUACGCAUUCCGUGUCUGCGGGGUUGGAUUAUCCUGGGGUUGGACCGGAACUGGCGCAUUGGAAGGAGGUGGGCAGAGCGAGGUUCAUCUCGGCGACGGAUGACGAGGCGCUGGAGGGGUUGAGGUUGUUGUGUCGGUUGGAGGGGAUUUUGCCGGCGUUAGAGACGGCGCAUGCGAUUGCCAAGGUGGUGGAUGUGGCGAGAGAGAUUGGGGUCGGUGGUCAUGUUGUGCUGUGUGUUAGUGGGAGGGGGGAUAAGGAUGUUGAUACGGUUAUGGGGGUGGAGGGGAUGAUUUAGGGAAGUUUUCCAAUAAUAGUUUAGUUCUCUUUCGGGAUAUGUUU